CCACUGUUCCCCGGGCGCCGAAGACGUGGAUGUCGAUUAAGGCAGCCCCCCCACCUCUCUGAUUGAGGGGUUACACAUUUCAGUUGAAGGAAUUCAGUUGUACAGCUGAUUAGGUAUCCCCCCUCCCCUUACUGCAUGUGUCUAGUUUGUUCAUUUUAACAACAACCUCAGUUAUGACAUAAAUUCACUGUUAUUAUCCCACAUUUGUCAUACCUUUACAAAUGUUGAUUGUGUUACAUUAUGGCAUGCAAUAAACCAGGGUCAUUCUACAGCCUUUGAGGUAGUUCAAAUGGGGACAUAUAGCCUAUUGACAACAUCUAAUUCAUGUGUCCCAAUCCGCUGCAUUUAAUCCCCAUUGUAAUUUCCCUGUUUGUAGACUCUGUCAUGGCAAGAGUUGCCUCAGUCAUUGUUCUCUCACUUUGUCUUUCCUCCUCAAGUAUGUAUUGUGUUGAGGCUCUUCACAUUCACAGGUGUGUUCACACGGCUCACCCUCAGUUCCUCAGCCUGUGGUUGAGCGCCGUGGGUUGGGUCCUUACCGCGGUGAUCCUUGGACUCAUCCAGUGGAGGGUCUGGCACGUGGCUGAUUUAACCUUCAUCACCUCAGGAGAGGCCUGGGUCGGGCUCUGGAGGGUGUGUUUCUAUAGCCAUACACUCGUGACCUCUGGGUUCAGGGUCAUGUAUUGUCAGAGUAUGGUGCUGUCGGACUCCUUCACGCCCCCGGAGGUCGCCACGGCCCAGGUGCUCACUCUGCUAGGGCUGGUCGUGGGGUUCUGUGGGAACGCCGCCGCCGUCUACGCACUCAGGAACGUCUGUUUCGGACUGGAGAAGCAGACGCCUAUCCGCUGUGCGUUCGGAAUGGCUGGUACUCUGUGCUUGUUGUCAGCUGUGUUUUCUCAUACCUCUCCUGUGGAACUUGAACUCAGUGGGGACCAAUCAAACAAUUGCGUUCCCUUCGAACUUCCACAUACCCCCUGCACCUGUGACCCAGAACGCUGGGGGCAGGUAUCGGGGUCGGGAUCAUAGGGUCGUUCAUGAUGAUCGUCUGGAGUUUGAUGAUUGUCUGUGGAGUGAUCUUCAUCCUCUACAAGUUCCCUGUCAAGAUAGUGGAGCUUUCUUGCCCAGAGGCAAGA